GGGUUGCAGAGCAACGAGCCAUUUAUUAGCUGAUAUUGACUUCUUACCUGGGCGAAAGUCUCAUUCGACGGUGUUUUUCUACGGAAAAUCGAGCUCAUUUUAUAGAGCUCGAACGGACGUGGAUAUCUGGUAUAUCGUUGAUGCAUGUUAAGGCGAAUUUAUUGUCUUCUUCUUGGAUUAUUGUCGUCUCCAACUCUCCAUGCAGAAAGAGAUGAUCAAGGCGUAUUAUCCACUCACCUGUGCUCGAUGAACCAACUGUGCUAGAAGAGAAGCAUUUCCACCAAUUAGGAACGGCGCAUUGUCGAACUCCCACUAUUCACUGAUCGCUCACUAGGGUGCCGAUGUUUGGUUUGAUGAGGAUAUCCAUCGUUUUGGGUAAUAAUGAAGCACCUCGAGGACUAGCAACACUAGCUCUGUUUGGGACACUCGUGACAUUGAUUGGCGACUCACCUGUGGCGAAGGUGAACGGAAACGUGGUGAAUGAAAAAAAAUGUCCAAUUGUCGUUUAAGAUUAAAAGGGUUAUUUACUUGACAAUUUGUUUUGUGGAAGAAUUGACCCUCUGCAGGGGUUUUUGACACUUGAGUGAGACCGGACAUUGACUUCGAACAAUUUCUCAACAGAAGGCAUGUACAAGAAGAAAAUGUUGCAGAACAUACUCUUCUUUGGCCGCUUUGGUGAAUGUUUUGCUACAGCCCCCAAAUACCAAUAGCAUUCUUGCCUUUGUCAGGCCUUAGAUGUGCCAAGGGUGCGACAUCUCAUCCAACCUCUUGAGGUAUCAGCAAUAUAGCCUUGCGCAAUUGUACGAUAGAUGGCUGUUUUGCGAAUUUUUCAUCAGUUAUCUUCUUACGUCAUUCGGCCAGCUGCGUCGAAGUCGUAAAAGUAGUUGUUUGUGUUGAAGCCUCGGGGCCGCCAUAACACAAACCCCUUAGCCGAAGCAGCCGUUCAUUUUCAGUUCGGUGUUAAUUCAGCAAGAUAGCAGACAAGCCGAGCAAUGGGAAUCCGUUGCAUGCCCAGCUGGAACAGCAUUUUCAAACAGAACAAUUUGUGCAUUCAAGAGUUCAACGUCAACGCCUUGAGUUUCCUACACUCCGGUGGAUGGCACAAUCUCGAUAAUUAUGCCUAUUAUGUGCGCUGUGACAUCGUGUUUCCACCGAAUUCAAAUAGAAAGUUGAAAACCGAAUGACGCAAGCCGAUUUAGGACAUCCUGUCCUCUAGAAUAAUGUCACCGUCUUGUUGGCGUCCACUGAUUUUGAUGUGUACUACGUGGGUGCAAGGGAUGCCAUAAAAAGCGAUGACGAGCGGAUGCUAGUAGUCAGAAGGUCCAGAUCGUUUAAAUCAGUUAGAAGAUACAACUGUGCAUCUAUUCACUGUGUUUGAAGGAAAAUCUGUCAACAUGGAUAGGGAUGGAGCGGUCGUUGUUGGACAAAUUCACACCCAGCCGAAAAAAACGGGACAGAAAUAUGGAACACAAGAAGACGUUGCCAAAGAAAUCAAAAGUUGGAUUCAGUUAGAUAAUGAAGACAUCGAUUUGAAGCUUUUACCCAAUGCUGUAAGUCAUAUUGAAUCGGAAUUGGGACGUCAACUUUCGUCUCUCGAAACGACGUGUCUCGAGUGGCAAUAUGUGAAAAUCGUGUUGGAGAUGUGGCACAACGAAGCAUUUAGAAAAAUGUUUGACGAUCUGGAGAACCCAGCGACAGACAUUUCCAUUGAACUAUCUACUCUCCUUUGUGAAUUGAAUUCUGUCAAUUCAUUUCAAGAAAUUGAUACAAAACUAGAAGUACAUGGAUCGCGACUUCGAAUUUGGUGUGAUGGAGGGUGUAGGUAUCUCCAGAUGAUCGUCAAACAGGAUGAGCUGUUUAAAGACACGCCUCGUUUUACUAUUCUCGUUCCCUGCUAUUUUAAUCACUUCAAGAUCUUUUGCAUCAACGAGCUUUUCUCUCGGUGCUGGAACUACGUCGUGAAUGAAAAAACCAAUGGCGAGAAAUACAGAAACUUCCUUUCCGCAUUAAACAACUUCCUGGCGAAUAUCAUGGAGUACAAGGAGUUCCAGGACAUUAUGGAGAAGGCCGUUUCCGAAAAUGUGCUUGCUAUGGACAGCAUAAUUAGUUGGCCAAAAUGCAUCAACAUGAUUUGCGAACAUUUCCCGACCGACUACACCGAAGAGAGUUUGAUCCAGUGCUUAAAACAAGCAGCCGCUUCAAUAGCUGAUGAUGAUUGGACACAGAAAUUCACAUCGCUGGUGAAAGAGAUUUUCAAGAAAUAUUUGCUGCCUAAAACAGAUGACCAAGUCAAGAACGAAGACGGAAGAGAAAUCAUUUCCAUCCAAGGAAAUGUUGUAUUUCUCAGCAAAAUUAUGGAGAAAAUGAUUGAAUUAAAAAGCAACAUCGUACAAGAAAUUCAAAUUGUUGGAUUAGUGUCCGUUCACGUUGAUUGCAGCUUGGAAAAUGAUAUCUGGCACGGUAUUAACGUAGGCGUCAUCACUGACAAGAUCAUUGUGGACUGUGAAGUUUUGUGGAACGUGUCUGGUCAACACAAAACCCAUCAAGGCGCAGAGGAACCACGCCAACCAGGGGAGAGUGGUGGCAAUGUACACCUUGUUUGCAACGAGAUGAUCAACGCAAAUCAAUGGACGAUCAUCUCUGAUGGAGGCGACGGAAGUGCUGCUCACAAAUGGACAAGAGACGAAUUUAAAAACGCUUUUCCGUCCAUGUCAUUAUUCGACGACGCUGGUGACCAAAAUAAGGAAACCAUCGCUACCAAAUUGCGAAAUAUUUUGCCGGGCGAGAGAGUAUCGGAACUUCUCACACGACGAAACUUCGUAAUAGACGAAUUUAUGGAAGAUGUUCAGAAGUUCAUGGUAUCAUUUUACCAAAAAGAAAUGGAAAGGCAUACGCUAAUCUUUUUCCAAGGGCGAGGAGUCGGCCAAGGUGGAUACGGUGGCACUGUGACCUUGGAGAUUUUGAACAGACCCCCUUUUCUCCAACCUAGCCUUCCAUUUAUCGGGUUCCCGAAGCGCCUUUUAUACACCACGCAAAUGUCUGAUGUCUAUCAAGCCUCCGGUUCUGAUGGUAAAACUGGUAAACCUGCCGGUGACGUUGGUUUCAUUCACAACGUCAACAGCGAUAACUGCGACUGGAAUGAGGAAGGAAAUUAUUUUGGCUUUGAAAUCGAUACCAGAUUGGAGUUGAACUUUAGCCGGAAACCAACAGAAGAAGAAAAUUCGUGUGCCAGACUGGUUCAAAGCUAUGUUAACGAAUAUGCGUCGAUAGAGAUCAAAGAGGGUGUUCCUGAAACUAAAAGGCUGGUCGAAGCUGUUAAGAAGAAGGCUAUCCUACGCCAAAAUCUCUUCCAGCAUCUUUCACAGAUAAACCAACGCAAAGAAAUGUUCCAAACGCUCCAAGCAAUGUUUGACAGCCCAUUACAAUCACAUCCGAUUAGCAGGGACGAAGUUUUGGCAAAACAAGUUCAAAGCAUUGAAAUCCAACUCCGGCAGCUGAGUUUUAGAAGCCAACAAUUUCAAAUGGACAAUAAACAAGCAAAAAUGGUGAAGCCAGCAUGUCUAGGGCAAUUAAAACCCUACGAUCUAGACUCUUCCCCGUUACUGGCUCACCAACAGCAAGUUGUAACUGGACGCGAAGACGUGGCCUCGACAUUGAACUCUGCAAUUGACCCAAGCCAAACGCCUGAAGAAAGAAACGUCAAUUAUAUCGUCAGCGAUAUCUUCUUCAGGCCAAAGCCUAAAGAAAGAAACGUCAAAUAUAUCCUCAGCGAUAUGAAGCUUCAAAUUUCGAAAGUACACCGUGGGAACGACACGUCGUUAAAUGGUCAUCUGGGUUUCAUAGAAAGCAGUGUUCGUGGUUCUAAAGAAACGUAUUUUAACAAGGUCGUAGACGGCUUUGAUUCAAGGGCGGAGAGAUUCGAUAGAGACGUUAAACUGAUCAAAAAUGAAUGGUCAAAAGAUGGAUUAAGUCUAUCAAGUAGUCUUCAGCUAGCACACUUCCUCUACGUCUAUAAUCACGCCGUGAAAGAGCAACUAGGAUUUUCUUUGCGUGAUGCCCAAAGAGUAGCGAUCAUGACAUUAUUGGUAGGAUGCGACCGCUCCGUUCGUAAUUCUUUGGUUCAAGUAUCAACUGGUGAGGGCAAGUCAUUAAUUGUUGCUGGAGUGGCCAUCGCAUUUGCACUUUCACUUUCAGAGAAGAAAAAGUCGAAGUCCUUCUGUCAUAUCGACGUCAUUACCAGCAACAGCGUGCUAGCUCUACGGGAUUCCACCCUGUCGUCGGACAAGGGAGGGCUGAAAGACAUCUAUGAAUUCUUCAACGUUAGCGUGGCCAACAAUUGCAGCCAUUCAAUAGAGGAGCGCACAAAUGCCUACGAUUCAGCUGUGGUGUAUGGAGAAUUGGCCAAUUUUCAACGUGAUUAUUUAUUGGACGAAUUCUACGGCCGUAACAUUCGUGGCCAUCGAAGAUUCCGGCAUGUCAUUAUUGACGAAGUGGAUUGCAUGUUGCUGGAUCGUGGCAACAACACCCUCUACUUAUCACACGACAUUCCUGGCAUGGAAACUUUAGAAUCUUUGUACGUUUUCAUUUGGGAAAAAAUGUGCAACUCCACUGAUGAAGAGAAAAAUUCAAAAAAACGAUUGAAGGAAUGGAUUAAAUCUGGCGUGUUAUUCGACCUGUACGGCGUCACAACUAAAAAUGAUUUGAAAUUAGUUCACGAGCCGUUAGAUGAUUUUGAAAAAAAUGCGUUGUGGAAUCAUCUGAUCAAGAAAAAAGUGAUUGACGAAAACGCACGUCUACUAAUUGCUGAUGCCAACCAAAUUACGGAGGAGAAGAUCAAUUAUGAACCGAAGAAUGCGCAGCUCAAAGAAACAAAUCUCAAUGCAAAAUUGGUUUUCUAUUUGCGCAAAUUGGCAAAUAGACAGCGUCGAAUUCGGAUUCCUGCCCAUCUACUCGGCUUUGUAGAUCGAAAUCUCAAGACGUGGAUUGACAACGCCUUUCAUGCACUGGAUCUUAGGCGCGAUGAAAACUACGUCAUCGAUCAAGAUCGAACAGACACCAGUCCGGAUCUCAAUCCUCAAGUGAUUAUCAUCGAUCCCGACACUGGAACGGAUCAAACUUUAUCGCAAUGGGACGGAGCCCUACACCAGUUUCUCCAGUUGAAAGAAGGAUGUAAAUUGACGCUGCAAAGUCUCAAAGCAGUUUUCAUCUCGAAUGCUACCUACAUCAGGAAAUACGAGAGAAUGCUGGGCGUAUCAGGAACGCUGGGAUCCGAACAAGAGCAGCAUUUCUUAAGCAAAAAUUACGACUGUAAAUUUUUCAGAGUACCGACGGCGUUUCCUAAAGUGUUUACUCUCAGACCAACUAAAGUAUUCUUUUCGGAAGCACAGUGGCUACAGGAAAUAAUCCGAGAAACGCUGGACGUUCUUAAUGUACCGAAAAAAAAUCAACGAGAGCUGAAUGAUGUGGACGUGAAGACUCGAUCGAUCGUCAUUUUUUGUAGAACCAUCAGAGAAGUGAAAAAACUUUAUCAAAAGUUGAAAUUGUAUUUGCCUAGUGACAGGAUUCAUCGGUAUACACGAGACUAUGAGAAAUUUGCAUUUGAAAGUGGCCAGCUGGACAUUGGCCAUGCUAUUCUCGCUACCAACUUGGCCGGAAGAGGAACUGACAUCAAGAUUAGCGACAACUUGAGAACGAAUGGAGGUCUGCACAUCUGUAUGACGUAUUUACCUGAAAACGAGCGGAUCAAAGAACAAGCGAUGGGCAGAGCGGCAAGAAAAGGAGAUCCAGGAAGUGGAAUUCUUAUUUUAUACGACAAUCGGAGUGGGCACACGUCGAAUAAAGAUAAAGAACUUGAUGCUGAAGAAUUAUUAAAAGAAAUGGAAGUGAAACGAAACAAACAGGAAUCGGAACGGAUAUCACGACUGAAAGAAGAUUUUAGAAAUAACGUAAAGCAAGAAAAUUUGUUCAAGAAUUUCAUCGAAAAAUUCGCGGAGAAGAAAAUUCAAGCCAAAUUAGAGAAAAUUUCGAGGAAAAAAGAUAUCUACCAGCACCAUCACGUGGUGAUGCAGGCAAUUCGUGACAGUGCCCUAGACAAGUGGGCCCUUUUCCUUGAUGCAAAUGAUUCCCAUUGCAGCGUUGAUUUUCAAAUAGAAGUGCCCAAUCUUGAGAACUUUGACGAUAUAAUCAACUGGAUCAUGCCUGUUCGCUCGAUUGCCGUUGCAAAGCAUCUUGCCAUUCGAGAGAAACCCGACUUUUCCAUGGCAAAUUAUAUUUUGGAACGUAUUGUCAAUUCAGACAGCAGUUUCUUUUAUCCAGCUGCGCAUUACUACCAGACUUUUAUUUUCCUCAAAGAGGAGAAGUUCUUGAAAGAAAAAAAAGAAUUCUUUCGCAAGUUGCGAGUUGCGGAGACAGUUAUCAAUGACCACAUCGAUAUGCAACUGUCUUUCAACAGCAUCAUAAACAAAUCGAUGUCAAAUUCGGUGAAAAUUCCUUCAUUUUGUGUCGUUGAUGCCUACAAAGAGCAGAAAGAAAACAAUGUAAAAAUCAUGGAAUAUUUCCUCGGCUCUCUCCGAUCCUUGGUGGGCAAUUAUUGCUCCGUCGCAGAACUUCGUGAAGCCAGUAAAGUUUCUCCGAAACAACCCGGUUUUUUCGAAAAAAAUUUCAGCAAAAUUGAAAAAUUUAUUGACAAUGACAAGAACAAAACGAGAAAAGUACAAGGAGGCCAGAAAAUUCGCAUGCAGAACGUGGACAAGUAUUUUAAAUCUCUAAUAGAAUCAAGAUGCAUUGCAUGUGAACUCAACGAUCCCAACACCAUCCCGAAUUCCAGCAUUUACUCCAAUCAAGAGGACGUCGACAACGAAAGUUGUUCCAAUCGAAGUGCAUUAAUCCAACUGAUAGCAGACGACUACGGUGUUGGCGUAUCGCUCGAAAAGACCCUCAUCUCUAUCUUCAACAAAGCCAAUAGUGAAGAAGAGAUUGAAAAGGAAUUAAAAAAAGAAAAUUUGAUCCCGUACAGUAGGAAAAUGUUCUGGAAGAAACUCGUCGAUACUGAAGUUUUGAAGAUUCCAAAGGUCGGCGUUGAAAUGGAAUGCGUCAUCAUGCCAGACACGCAGUGCAACGGAAUACCCAAACUUGAUAGGAACGAAGCUAUUGCUUUAAACUUCGGAAUCGACACCUAUGACAGCAAACUAAACUGUCUUAACGUCUUAUACAAUCCGAUAUACGACAACGAAGAGCAAUUUAAAGAGAAAAAAAAGAUUAUGUUUCCAAAAACGUACGUCAAGCGAAUGUUAUCCGUCACGGAAUAUGAACUUGGGAAGCAAAAUUUCGAGUUCAACAAGAUCGCCCGACUGGAUCUCAACAAACUCAAAACGGUUGAUUUAAGAGAAUUCGGUUGUCUGCGGGAUGAUGACUUCUAUCGAGCAAAUAUCAUUCCAGCUGAACGGGAAGGACUUAAGAACGAACUAUUGAAGCAAAACGUCAUCGAUGAUCAAGGCUUUCUCUUGGCCGAUUACGAUGUUACCAAAGGGUUUGACUAUCCACAGUGCCCAGCCUAUUCAAAAGCUGUGAUGCAUCUCAUUGGACGAAAGUUUGUCGUAGAAAUCGUUCGACGUCAGUGGCUAAAGAUACAAGAUACAACGUCUAAAAGUGGUCCUGAUUAUCUGAAAGCCAUCAACUUGUUACCACUUAAACCAUACCGAGAUAUGCUUGGCGAUUUGAUGGCCGCUCACGUCAUUUCUGGAGCUCGUAUAACAGAAGAAGAUGGAACUAAACUUAAAGAAGAAAUUUCGAAAUUAAAAAAUGCCGACGAUCAAGAACGUAAAAUUCUUUUGGAAUUCUUCGAAAAUCAUCAAUCCGUCUAUUCUAGGCCGGUGACACCAGAAUUUUUUCUCGACCCCUUGGAACGAAUUUUGCGCAUUGGUUCCGGUUCCAGUAACAUCUUCAACGAACUCAUCGCUUUCCAUCUAAUGGAAUUGGAUAGUGUUAUCGACGUCAAGAAUCGGAAAUGGACGUGGAAGAUGAUUUGCCUAACUUCGAUAAUCAUCGUUGGUGGAUUCGCAUCGGUUGGCGCUGGAGCUUUUCUAACUUGCAGCCAAAUACUGUCAUUUGGAUUUUGUAAAGAUCUGCUGUUCACGGGAGGCUUCUCUGACAUCGCUUACGCCGUUACUACUAUUUUGCUACGCAAGGACUUCACAUGGGCCGAUUACGGGCGUCAAAGAAUCAGGAGUGCAAUGGGGAAAGUGGAUCCCAUAGAAACGAUCAAGACUAUUUACAAAUUAUAUGACGAUUCGAAGCAAGAUAUCCAACCAUGGAUUAAAACCAACAGUGAUCACAAAUGGAUACAACAUGAUCGCAAAAAGGAAGCUGAAAGUGGCAUGGCCAACACGCAGUGUAAAUCGUCUACGUGCAUGGAGACUGACGAUGAAGGCCAAACUGGUGAAAUGUGCUAAAAAUGGAGUUGACGUACAUCAAGGAUUAUAUGUGGUAUAGGAUCCAACCAUCCUACAGGCUAGCACAUCAGCUGCAGGUAAGAGACUUUUCAUUCCUUUCCUGCAAGCCAUACGUGAAACGUUUGCAAAAAACUAAAUUUCAAUUAAGAAAGACGAAUCACUCAAUUUGAAUCGUUUGCAUUUCCAAUAAGUGUAAUUGAAAUCGACACUUUUUUGUGAUUCGACAGUUCACAGUUGAAAUCUAGUACCAAUUAGUGGAUGAGGGUCGUGUUUUCAAAGACUGGCUAUAUCAGGACUACCUACACAGAUUUUUAUAAAUUAUUCAUUCGAUAAAAUACGAUAAGUCGUCCGCUUUUCGUGCCUUUCUGUCGUUAUGUACAACAGCAUCCAAAUUAUCUGGGGGCUAACUGCAUUGGGGGACGUUUUGGCGAUAAUCACAGUUUUGGAGUUGGAGAUUAAAAACCAAUCCACUCGGGCAGUUCUGCAUUGAAAAUGUAACAUCAGUUACAGGAAACUUGUAUUGUUAUGAUAGAUUCUUACGAAUAGAUAAGGGGUUCCAUUGGAGCACAUGUAGAAUGUGGUGCAAUCUGCUGGAUUGGCCUUGUUGCCAUCGUUUUGACACGAAAACACAUUUGUUUGUGUAGUUGGCCGCGGUGUAGUGGCGUAAGAUAUGCCAGUAAUUGAAGUUAUCCAGCUCAAGUAAGAUUGGACACGGGUAAAGCCAUUAGGUAUCACGGAUUCACAGGGUGAAGCUCCAAAACUCGUGAUGCCGAUUUGUAUCCAUGAACCGUCGACAAGGAAAAUCAUUGGUCCCCCGCUAUCACCCUACAAUCAGUAUUGCAAUUAAUCCAUUGGCUCACAAAAGACACCAGUACAUUAAAUUACAUUGCAAACGCCACCUCGUGUUCUACUUGUACAAAUCAUAGUGCUGACUAUCAUACUUCCCCACGAGUCUUGGCAUUUUUCAUUGGAAAUGACGAUCGUCGAGGCUUUGACAAGUACGUCGCUUGUCCACUGUAUAGCUAAAAAGAUAAAUUGUUUUAGUUUCGACAUGGCUCUCUGUAAUUUACGCUAAUUUACCGUCAGAAUAGUAGCCCCAUCCACUUACUACCACCGUAUUGUUGACAUGGUCUCGAUUUCCUAGAUCGGCUAGAACGACUGGACGAAUGCGGGCUGCAAAUUAACAAAAGGCCAAUUUUGUAACAAUACAGUUAAACGAGCAUGUUUAACUUAAAUACCAGAGAGCGUGACGCUAACUGGAAGUUUGAUAAGACCAAUAUCAUCUGGAAACGUCUCACUGGAAUAUUUGGGAUGAAUAUGAAAUUCUGUCGAUUUUAGACUGAUACGAUAUGGUUCGCUGACGGCACUUAGAUUGUGAGCUCCUAGGACAACCGUCACCGAAUCGGCUCUAUUUUAACAUUGAAAUCGAUUAUUGUGAUUAUAUUUAACAUUGCGUUAACGGAAUCAAUUUACCUAUCCACGCAGUGGGCUGCAGUCAAAAUCCAAUUUUGGCUGAUCAGAGAACCUCCACAUUCCCGUUCUCUACCCUUCCUGACGAUUGUCAGAUGUGCCAUCCAGGGAAAUUCUCCGGGCGUUGCUUCUGUGCCACUAACAAUCCUCGUAUCUUUAGUGUAAAUAAGGGCUGACUAUUUUUGAAUAAGACAAUUUUUUAAAUGUAAUAUGAUAGGCAAGUGCGAAAGUAUUUCAUACCGAUGGAAUUGAAUUGUCAAGUCCAAAGCAAGUGUAGCCAUAGAAGAGGUUGAUUGCUAGCGAGAGUAGAAUAGUGUUCAUAGCGAUGUAAGAAUGGCGAAAGACUGAACGACACUUAUCUUUAUUCUUUGGACGAGUAAGGUACUGUAGCAAAACUUCUAGUUUCAUCAUAGAUUUCGGUGUCUGUUUAAAAUAUAAUGACGUAAAACUGCAGCGGAAAUUUCAAGCUAGGGGAUUACAGUGUGUACACAUCGGCGGAACCUGUUGACCAUCGCUAAUCCUAUCUCUGUAAAUAAAUAAAAUUCUACAGCAUGCAAUAAACAUCAUUAACAACGUAGUGGUGCUGGUCGCUGCGGCACACGUAGGUGUCAUCCAAGAUAUUAUCUAUACAUGGCAUCUACUUAUAUUGCGGUCCAAACAAGGGCGAGAGAUAAAGCAUUUGAAAAAAAAAAAUAAGAGUUGGAUCAGUCGCCAAUUCAAUUGCAGAGCUUUGAACAUGGCAAGUCCCAUAAGAUGAGGAAAAUUAGACUUAAAUUUGUUUCAAAGCUGAAUUGCUUAUUAUUACACGUCGCACAACAGCCUUCACAGAAAAAACGAUUGUCUUUGCAUCACGUUAAAAACUUACGACACUGUCGAAAGUUUUCAAGGUUACGCAACGCCAUCUGCUGCACAGAAGCAAAGUUCUCUUUUCUGUAGUGUCACCUUGCUGUUGAGAAUUGAUCCAAAUGCCACGCCAUUGAAAAAUGCAUUGUCCACAAUUUCAACGAGAUCUGCUAGAAGUUAACGUAUAUCAUGUAAAAAAUAUAUGGUGUCUAGCUCCGU